GACUUCAAAACGGUGAGUCAUAAAAAAAUGUCUUCGAAAAUGUCCGCGAGGUAGAAGCCAAUGUUGUGGUAACUUAGCCAAACAGAGAAGCGGUACCUCCUGCUAUGCCGCUCAGCAAACGAGCACAUCAACUCGCAUAUACACUAUAACAUACACUGUGAGCUACACAAACGCCAACGCGAAAUGAGCCCCCCCGGGGGAUGCCCCACACGACUGCGUCACCCCCCCCAUGGCCUUUGCAGCCAAAAUGAAGGGGAAUUUCCUCCUCUUCAAAAAUUAUGCAAAAUGGCGCAAACGAGGCAGUCAUCAAAUGGGCACAAAAUGGUGUGCACACAGUGUAGCAGAGCUGGUGAAUACAAAAAAAAAGGGCGGCGAUAAGAACAAACAGUUUUCCACAGGACAUAUAAAAGAUGGAAUUAAUAAAUACACAAGUGAAGCCCCAACACAAGUCAGCUUCCUAAAUGCAGAUUUCGCCCAAAAGUUUGGUCACCACAACUAUGAUGACGAUGAUGUCGCUUUGGCGCGCAAUGCGGAGGGGCCCUUUUACGAAAACGAGAGGAAACCACAUGACCAGAUAAAAUUGUGGUGUGCAAAAAGUCUCAAACUGUUAAGUUUGUGUGUAAUCACUUCCCUGUUCUUCUAUUGCACAUUUAAGAAAGUGCCAGAGGGGUAUAUCUGUUUAGUGCAAAACAAAAAUGACGCCACAGUGUUGCCAUACAUUUAUGACGACCUGAUGACAUUCUUCUUUAAUCCGUUGAAAUAUAAAGUUCUUAUAAUCAGAGUCAUUCCAAUUCAAAAGAAGUUUACACGUGUGUACGAGACGUUGGAUAAGAAGAAAGUCCGCGUAAAGUUGCAAGUCAAAAUGAAACCCAAAAUUCCGUUUAUCAUCGAAAUAUUUAGUUCCUUCGGGGUUAAUUACAGCACGAAUUACAUCGAAAGGGAAAUGAAUUUGGACAUUAUGAAUGUUGUGAAGAAUUAUCACUUGGAUACGUUAGUAGAGGAAAAUAAAGAGGAGGACCCUAUGCCACACGUUACCGUGGAGGACGCAGUUGAUCAAAUUAUGGACAGGUUUUACGACUGCUCCGUUUUUCACAAGAUAAUUCUUUUGGACGUCUCCAUCCUGUUUGAACGGGUAGAAUAG